GUGUAUGUUUCAGUGUAUGUUUUAUAUAUUGCAAGUUAAUGUCUCCAGCAUAUUCCUGGUCUCUGUCCCUUCUGCGAACAUUUUUAUUCCGACUGCUACACGGCCAUGGCAGCUACAAUGGCAACCUGUGCUUGAGGCUAGCAUCGUUUCAGAGUCCAUGUAUCUUCGUCAAACACAAUCCAGAUGUCUUUGUUAAACACCAGAAGAGAGUAGUCCUCUCCACCAGCCAAGUCCUACAGGAGAGAACUUCAUCUCGACUCAGCGCAAUGCCUAAAAAAGAUAAAACGAGCAAAAGCACACAAAAGCAAGCAGAGACUACGACUGGCCCAGUAUCUCGACUCCAAAGUGGAGAAGUGAUCAUUUCAGUGCAUGCCAAGCCUGGAUCAAAACAAAACGCUAUCACAGAUGUGUCUGCUGAGGCAGUAGGUGUCGCUAUUGCUGCACCACCAACAGACGGCGAGGCCAAUGCGGAACUUGUGCGGUAUUUUGCCAAAGUCCUGGAGUUAAAGAAAAGUGAAGUAGUAUUGGAUAAGGGCUGUAGAUCCAGGGGAAAAGUCAUCAAGGUGUCAGGCACUUUGAGCCCAGAGGAAGUCCUGGAGAAGCUGAAGCAAGAGGCCUCAAGAUGAAACUACUGACAUGACUAAAGGACUCUUAAGCUUACUGGACUACACUGUAUGAUGAAGACUCCACAAUGUAUUUCAACAUGAAUUAAGUCCUUUUGGAACAUAUGAGGAGACAGAAAGUUAUAAACAAAAUAUUCAACUGGACAACUUUGUUCCUUGCAAUAUUGGUGGUUUCCCAAGCCUCAGAAUGACUGGCAUUUCAGUUCUUCUAUAAGUUUUUGUCUGCAUUUUAGCAUAGUGGGUCUUUUCAAAAUUGGGUCUUUUCAAAAGCUCCAAAUAUUUAACACAAUGCGCUUUCCAAAAUAGCCAAGCAACAUAUUUCUUUCUUUUUUGUUGUUGUUGUUGUGUUGUCUUACUAUUGGGUAUGUUCAAUUUAAAUGGUUUUGUUUAAAUGUUAACAAAACAAAAAUCAUUACAUUUUCAGCAGUUGAAAACAUGCAGUCUUUGCCUGUCCAUUGCCUACCUGACCACAGCUCCAC